UGCCGCGCUGUCCCCUCCAGCCCUCUGCUGGAAUAAUCACUUCUCUGCCCUUUUCCCUCCACCCUCCCCCUCCGUCUUCUUUCCUUUAUAUAUCUCCACUCUCCACUCUACCGCUUGGGGUGAUUUUACUUCAAGAACAACCCGGGCCGCACGCUCACUCACCCCUCCAUCCAUUUUCAGCCCGUGCAAACACCUAUCGAUAACGGUGCCCCUCAAAGAAAAGUCGACCAGCCUUCCUCAACUACCUACCUACCUACCUACGACCCUUCCGCACGACCCAUCCUACACCUACACAGGCAGCUUCCCAUAUCGGGACAUGCCCCAUUCCGAAUCGCCCCCCAUGGCUCCCGCGAUAGUCGUCAACAAGGCCGACGGCCCCGCUCCCUCGCAAGAAGACGUUGCAGCGCUCCUGAACACAAUCUUCACUGCCAAACUGUCUCACACCUCGGUCGAAGCCGCCUAUGCGCUCUCCACCGCUCUCCAAAACUCUGUCGGCUUCCGCGGUCUCAAGGGCUAUGGCAUUCUCGACGAGAUGAAGAAGGCAGCCGGAGAUAAGAAGUCUCCUGGCCGGAGAGAAGGCGCCAUGAAUGCGCUCGGUGCCUUCUUCGAGCGCCUCCUACCUGCACAGAAAACCGCCGAGAUUGUCUUUCUCGUGCAGGAACCCGCCUUGAUCACCCUGGCGCUCGAUGCGCUGGCCGACAAGACGGCCACCGUCAAGGAGUCUGCCCAGUAUGCCCUUGACGCGCUAUUCACAAACCUUAGUGCCGAAGCCAAGGUCUUCGGGCUGCUCCCCGUGCUUUGCAAGUACCUCGGGAAGAAGUCUGGAAAAUGGCAGGGUGCUGUUGGCGGUUAUGAGCUUAUCGGCCGCAUGGCAGACAAGGCCAAGAUUGGCAUGGAGAGCUUGGAGGUGGAGAAAGAGAAGGAUGUUCUCCGAGAAUCCAUGGGCAAGCAGCUCGAAGGCCUGAUUCCUGUUGUUGAGAGCGGCAUGCACGACCUCAAGACCGAAGUCUGCAAGCAAGCGAUCAAGACCAUGAACAGCCUUACAACACUUUUGCAGAAUGACGAUAUCGCUCCUCGGAUACCCCUUCUUGUGAAGGCCAUCGAAGACCCCUCCGCAAAGAGUCUGCAGAAAGCCAUCCAUGCGUUGUCGCAGACCACCUUUGUCGCAAUCGUCACUUCCCCCGUCCUCGCUCUCGUUACCCCUCUGCUCGAGCGUUCAUUGAACUCGCCCCAGACUACACAGGAAGUCACUCGUCAAACUGUGGUUGUCGUAGAAAACUUGACGAAGCUUGUGCACGACCCAAUUGAGGCCCGCGCUUUCUUGCCCAAACUUCAACCUGGUGUCAAGAAUGUCAAAGAUCGCGCAUCUCUCCCUGAAGUUCGUGAGAUCGGCUCCAGGGCCUUGGAUGUCAUCGAUAAGGCCAUGGCUGACAAGGACGGCAACAUCUCCAGUGGUGCUAUUGCUCGUCUUCACGGCCCAGAUGUGGUGAAUGUGCUCGAGAAGCUCGUCAAUGCUGCGGGAGGCCUACAAAACUUCCCUGGAGAUGCGGAGCUGUGGACUGCUGUGAAACCCUACAUCUCUGAAAUGCUUGCCGAGGAUGUGAAUCAACGCGCAAUCAGCCGAAUUCCCAACUUGGUUGCUCCAUAUCUCGGCCCAAUCAUGAAUCCCGGCGAAGCCGAGAAAGCCGCUGAAUCAAUUCACCAGCAUUUCAUUGAAGAAGACCACCGCAAAUUUGGAAAGCCAGUCCAGGAGGACGAUGGCGAGACUGAAAUUGUCAAUGCUACCUUCUCUCUCGGCUACGGAGGUAUGCUGCUCCUUUCUCACACCAACCUGAAGCUGCUCAAGGGCCAUCGUUAUGGUCUUUGCGGUCGCAAUGGUGCCGGUAAAUCUACCUUGAUGCGCAGUAUCGCAGGCGGCAAACUGGAAGGUUUCCCUCCACAGGAUCAGGUCAAGACCUGCUUUGUGGAGCACAACCAGGGAGAAGAUGCCGAUUCGACUAUUCUCGAAUACAUUUGCAGAGACCCACGUUUUGCAGACGAGAGCAGAGAGCGCAUCACCGAUGUCUUGGAAGAGGUUGGUUUCACUUCUGGCCCAGAAGGUAGACAGUCUCACAAAGUCGGUUCCCUUUCUGGUGGAUGGAAGAUGAAGCUUGCUUUGGCUCGUGCUAUGCUUAUGCGCGCUGACGUUCUUCUCCUGGACGAACCUACCAAUCACUUGGAUGUCGCCAAUAUUGCUUGGUUGCAGCAGUACCUCAAGAGUCACACGGAAAUCACGAGCAUGAUUGUUUCUCACGACUCUGGUUUCUUGGACGAAGUUUGCACUGAUAUUUACCACUACGAGCAGAAGAAGCUCGUGUGCUACAAGGGUAACUUGGCGGAUUUCGUCAAGGCAAAACCAGAGGCAAAGAGUUACUAUACUCUCUCAUCCUCUCAGGUGCAGUUUAAAUUCCCGCCACCCGGUAUCCUCACUGGUGUCAAGUCCGCCACGCGUAGCAUUCUCAAGAUGACCAAUUGCACGUACACUUACCCUGGAGGUUCGAAGCCCUCACUCUCGGAUGUCUCUUGCAGCCUUUCCCUCUCUUCCCGCGUAGCUAUCAUUGGCGCAAACGGUGCAGGCAAGUCGACACUCAUCAAGAUUCUCACUGGCGAGAGCAUCCCCCAGCAAGGCAAGGUCGAGAAACAUCCCAACUUGCGUAUCGGAUACAUCAAGCAGCAUGCCCUUGAGCACGUGGAGAUGCACUUGGAGAAGACACCAAAUCAAUACCUCCAAUGGCGUUAUGCCAACGGUGAUGAUCGCGAAGUACUGAUGAAACAGACUCGUAUUCUCACGGAUGCCGACAAGGCGCAAAUGGAGACGCCCAUUGAUAUGAACGAUGGCCGGGGUCCACGAAAAGUUGAGGCCAUCAUUGGUCGUCAAAAGUACAAGAAGAGUUACCAAUAUGAGGUUAAAUGGCGCAACAUGCUGCCCAAAUUCAACUCAAUGAUCUCGUACGACACGCUUAUGGAGAAGGGCUUCCAGAAACUUGUUCAGGAAUUCGAUGAUCACGAGGCGUCCCGUGAAGGUCUAGGUUACCGUGUAUUGGAACCCAAGGUCAUCUCCAAGCACUUCGAAGACCUCGGCAUGGAUCCCGAAAUCGCGAACCACAACGAAAUUUCGGGUUUGUCUGGUGGACAGAAGGUUAAGGUCGUUUUGGCUGGUGCUAUGUGGAACAACCCGCAUUUGCUCGUCCUUGACGAACCUACUAACUUCUUGGACCGUGAUUCGCUUGGUGGUUUGGCUGUUGCCAUCCGUGAGUUCAAGGGCGGUGUUAUCAUGAUUUCUCACAACGAAGAAUUUGUUGGUGCGCUCUGCCCCGAGCAGUGGCAUGUAGCCGAUGGUCGUGUUGCACACAAGGGCCAUCUCGCUGUUUCCCUUGAUCGCUUUGAGGACUCGCGUCCAGGAUCUAGCGUCGCGAGCUCCAACGUUUCCUCCGUCAACCCUAGCACGGUCGGCACUCCUGUUAUGAGUGAAGCCGAGGGCAAGGAUGAUAUGAAGUUCAGGGCGCGCAAGAAGAAGAAGUUGACUAGGGCCCAGUUGAAGGAACGCGAGGUCAGGAGGAAGUUGAGACAUAUCGAAUGGUUGAACACCCCUAAGGGUACACCCAAGCCCCCAGACACAGAUGACGAGGCGGAAUAGACUCUGGCGGUUGCAACGAUAUGCUUUGCCGUUAUGACUGUGCUUUGCUC